UAUAAGAAAGAAAUGGCCAUUUUAAUAACUGUUUAUAUAUAAUUCCCACUUGCUUAAGCCUUCUCUUUGGAUCAUAAAUUGAUAUCACUCUUUUAACUUUUCAAAGCUAGAAAGAGAGAAAGAAAGGUGAAGAGAGAGAGACAAACAUGGAGCUCUCUCAGCAUGGUUUCUUGGAGGAGUUGCUUCAAGCUCCAAGAAGGGACAGUAGUUGGGCAAACUUCCCUUCUGCUGGGGCUAAUGAGUUCUUCUCUAGUGGAUGGAACUUUGAUUCUUUUGAUGAGAACGCAGCAAAUCCUUCAUUUAUAGGAUUCUCCACCACUCCAACAGAACCUACCUGCUUUGACUGCCCUUUCAGUGACCAAACUUACCCUUUUGUUGAUGGCUUCACUGUACCUGCUGAGAUUGACACAUCUUAUACUACCAGGAAUAAUGAGACACCUCCAUUUCCAACCCAAGAUCAAGAUUACCCUUCAAUUAUUGAAGAUGAAGAGUUUGGUCUUCUUACAAGUCACUGUAGUUAUGAAGAAAGAUCAAGUAGUGCCUGCAAAGUUGAGAUGGAACAACCAGCUAGCAAUGAUGCUCAGGUUUUCAGUAUGGGUUUGAGUGCAGAGAAAAAGAACAAGUCCAAGAAGUUAGAAGGGCAGCCUUCAAAGAAUCUAAUGGCAGAAAGACGGAGAAGAAAGCGCUUGAACGAUCGCCUUUCCAUGCUAAGAUCAAUAGUCCCUAAGAUCAGCAAGAUGGACAGAACUUCAAUACUUGGAGAUACCAUAGAUUACAUGAAAGAACUUCUUGAAAGGAUCAAUAAGCUGCAAGAAGAAGAAGGUGAAGAGGGCACAAAUGAAAUGAACUUAAUGACUAACUUGAAAGAGCUUAAGCCAAAUGAAGUGCUUGUGAGAAAUUCCCCCAAGUUCAAUGUGGAGAGGAGAGAGAUCGAUACCCGGAUCGAUAUCUGCUGUUCAGCAAAGCCAGGAUUAUUGCUAUCAACAGUGAACACAUUGGAAGCACUAGGUCUUGAGAUUCAACAAUGUGUUAUAAGUUGCUUCAAUGAUUUUUCCAUGCAAGCAUCUUGUUCAGAGGCUACUGAGCAGAGAAAACUAAUUAGUCCUGAAGACAUAAAGCAAGCAUUGUUUAGAACUGCUGGUUAUGGAGGAAGAUGUCUUUAGAAGGAAUUUGGCCACUUGACAGAGCCUGAAAGAGAUGGGAACUUAGCUAAGUUUGAUCUGCAAGGAAUUUAAUUUGCAAGUGAGAAGUUGUAAUAAAUGUAUUUUAAUAAGUGUAUGUUCAUUUAUAAUCUCCUUCUCACAACUUAGCCCAUCAUAGAGGGCAUUAAAUUAUAUAUGGGCCAUUUGUUCUUCCUCUAACAGAAACCCAUUAAAUAUAUGAUUAGAAAUAGAUCAGAGUGCAUUAAUUUUGUAUAAA